CCUGAGGCUACGCUGAUUGGCGGACCUAACGGGCAGCGCUUCCGUCUUCUCCCCGCCUGGCAGCCCUUGGUUUGCUCGCUCGGUAGGCUCCGUGCUCGCCGCAGGUUGAGAAGGAGGCACCAUGGAGCUACCCCCACCACGACCUGUCACCCACCUCAUUUUUGACAUGGAUGGACUACUUCUAGACACCGAGCAGCUGUACUCGGUGGUGUUUCAGGAGCUGUGUGGUCGCUACGGGAAGAUGUAUAGCUGGGAGGUCAAGUCCCUCGUGAUGGGGAAGAAGGCUCUGGAAGCCGCACAGAUCAUCGUCGACUUCCUGCAGCUGCCCCUGUCCAGGGAGGAGCUGGUGGAGGAGAGCCAGGCCAAGCUGGCAGACCUGUUCCCCACGGCUGCCCUCAUGCCGGGGGCUGAGAAACUGAUCCAGCAUCUCCGAAAGCAUAGUAUUCCCUUUGCCUUGGCCACCAGCUCAGGCUCCUCGUCCUUUGAAAUGAAGACCUGCAGGCACAAGGAAUUCUUCGGGUUGUUCAACCACAUCGUGCUGGGAGAUGAUCCUGAGGUCAACAGUGGGAAGCCAGCCCCAGACAUAUUCCUCUCCUGUGCACGGAGGUUCAAUCCCACUCCUGCCCCAGACAUGUGCCUCGUCUUUGAAGAUGCUCCCAAUGGAGUGGAGGCAGCUCUCGCAGCUGGGAUGCAGGUUGUCAUGGUUCCCGAUGAAAACCUGAGUCGAGACUUAACAAGAAAGGCCACAGUGGUGCUGCAUUCCCUGGAGGACUUCAAGCCUGAGCUGUUUGGUCUGCCUGCCUACGAGUGACAGGAGGCAGCCCUGGUGCUGCCAUGGGCUGUGUGACAUCCCUGGGGGUUCACAUGGCUUCAUUGGGGUCACAUAGGUGGUGGUGGGGGGCGUCUUGUUCAGGAUCCAUGCCACUAAGAAGGAAGGGGAAGGCAAUGUAUGGUACUACCUUGAGCCUGCUUAUACAUUGCAGCCUUGUGAAUGUGGCCAUCCCCAUCUGUACGCCUCAGCUCUCUCUCUGAAGUAUGGUUGGGUCAGUAGAUAAGGGAGACGGCUCAGGACACAGCUUGAGUACAGUCAUGUAAUAAAGUGAUGUCUAUGAAGGAAAUGAACAUGCACAUACAAACACACAGCAUUGUGUGACUUUACCGUGCCAAUAUAUACCAUACAUAUAUUAGUAUAUAUGUAAAUGCAUAAUGUUCCAGAAUGGAAUCGUAUUUGUGUUUGUUUCCUUAUAAUCUUUGUGAAUGUUGGCCUUUGGAAAUUGUACACACACACACACACACACACACACACACACACACACACACAUAUGUCAUUAUAUAUGUAUAUGUGUAUGUAUAGAUCCUGUGUGUAUGUGUAAUAGAUCAUGUGUAUGAUAGAACACUCCAUUGCCUUCAGGGUGGACAUUAAUGUUGCAGUACCAACUGAUGGGUAAAUCCACUCUCUUUCCCCUUCUGACCUUAAUGGCAGAUUAGCCUAAUGAUGGAUGAGCAUCAAGAAAUAUCCUUUCUCUCCAGCCUUACCAUCAUCAGAUACCUCUCUGACCUUGGACUCCAUGCCUGACUGAGCUCCAUUUCUAGGAGAUCCCUCUGUCUUAGUGUGUGUCUGCAUAUCUUUUUUAUCUACUCCCUCAUCUAUGUUGGGGUGUUUUCUACCUCAAGGGAAAAAAUAGAAUUUCAUUUUUCUUGAUGUAACAAAUUUAUUUCAACAUUGCUGAUUACAUGUCUGGUCUGCUGUUCAUUCCUCUUCAAAAGAGUUCUGAUGUUUUGCUAGCACCCUUACAGUGAUGAUUUAGUUGUGUAAUAGUUUAACAAGAGUCAUGAUUUUACCUUUAAAUAAAAUAUCCUCCAACCAUCAUAAAAUAAGUAAGUGAACUAUUUUAACUGUCAUAUGAAUUGUGAUAUUUAUCCAUUGGCCAGUUUCAAGGCACUGUAGGUCAAGGUUAAAUAUAUAUAGAAGAGAAUGGAGAGUUGCAUUGCAGGUAAUAGCAGAUCAAGAAUAAAUUCCAUCUUUAGCUGUCCUUGUCAUGCCUUACUAGGUCAUCAUUAGCUGCACACCAGGAGCUUGUACUAGAAGCCUAAAAAAUGACCUUUUUUCCAUCACUGGUACUUAAAUUUUAGUAAGAGCUGGGAUCCAGUUCUUUAAAAAAAUUAUUUAAAUCAUGUUUCCAUUUUGUGAGAAUCAGUUAAUUAUACUUAAAUUCGAUGCAUAUCUUUGAGAGAGAUAGGGCCUCUGUUGACCCAGAUGGACUUAAGGUGUAAAAGCCAACCAGAGACAGUCACUGUGUAGUAGUUAGUCUCAAGUCAGUGAGGAAUAAAGACACAGACAAAGAAGUGAAUGAAGCAAAGGCAGGUUAUCAAGAAAAUUUGAGAAAGCUCCUGAGUGGGAGAGACCCAAAGGAGGAUAAAAUGGAUGAUCUGCCUGCAUAGAGCCUUUUUUUUUUUUUUGGUUUUUCGAGACAGGGUUUCUCUGUCUAGCUUUGGAGCCUAUCCUGGCACUCACUCGAACUCACAGAGAUCCGCCAGCCUCUGCCUCCCGAGUGCUGGGGUUAAAGGUGUGCGCCACCAACGCCCGGCACGUGGAGCCUUUUUAUAGGACUUGGGGCAGAAGCUAGACAAAGACUGAGGUAAUUUCUGUUAAGGUAGUUUAAUUCUAUAGGUAUAUUGUAGACCUAGCUAGUGGGGUACCCACCCACUUUGGGCAUUACACUCUGGCCCAGCCAAAGGUGUCCACUUGCUGCUUGCCAAAUUGGAGGAGUCACAUUGAAGCCCCAUUCUGUCUCUUUAAUUUAUUGGUUAGCUGCUGACCCAGGCUCACUUGCUGGUGAUACCAACCUUAGCAGGUAUGGCUGGUCUCUGACCAUGGCAGGAAUCUUGCUCCUCUUUGUUCUCAAUGUUGAGGUAGCUGCUUUGAAAUUUAACUGCCAACCUAUUUUUCUUUCCUGCCUACGGAGAGCUACCUGCUGCCUAGAGCACAUUUCAUCAAGUCCCAAGACAGAAGAGGUGAAUGAGUGAGGGUCAACAGUGUUGUUGGCAGCACUUCCCCGAGACAGCACCACUUCCAUUGGGAUACUUCAGAUCUCCUGUGCAGCAGAGAUCAGCUGACUGAGGACUGUGUAUAAGUUUCUUUACAAAUUGAUGGGCAAUGUCCUUCUGGAUGCUGUGAAUAUGUUUCUCUUAUUGGCUGAUGAAUAAAGCUGUUUCGGCCAGUGGACAGACAGGAUGUAGCCAAGCAGGAAGUAUUGGCAAAGCUACCAGACUAGGAGAAUUCUGGGAAGAAGGAAUGCAAAGAGUAAGUCUCAAGGGAGACACCGUGUAGCUGCUGAGGAAGAAAGAGACCCGGGCAUCAUCAGUAAGCCAAGACCACAUGGAGGUACACAGAGUAAUGGAAAUGGGUUGAUAAUUUAGAGAGAUCUAGCCAAUAAGAAGCCUGAGCCACUGGCCAAAUAGUUUAUAUUAAUAUAAGCGUCUGUGUGUUUAUUUGGGACUGAAAGGUCUCAGGACCAAGCAGGUCAGAAACUUCUAUCAAUAACAAAUCACAAUAAAGACCAACUAUAUAGAAGCAAGAA